AGGGUUCCUUCCUUCCGAUGAUGGCCGGAUCUCUAGGUCUUACGCCGGAGUCACUGAAGGCGUCUGGCCGGAGCUCCGAGAAUCUCAGCCUUCCUAUCCUUCGGAGUCAAAUAAAGCGUGACCCAGAGGGUUACGAAACGGAGCUCCAUUUGAUUUACAAACAGUUCAAAGCCUCCCUCGAUCUCUUUCAGCAACAGGCCGCUCUCACUUUCUCCUCCGUCGGCUCCGACCCUUCCGUUGCCAAGAACCUCGGCGACCGAGUCAUGUUUCUGUCUCAUGUCACUCCGUUUUACCCGAAGCAGCUCUCCGCAUUCCCAGCUCAAUUGACUGAUUUACUCCGUACCUCAUGCCUGGCAAUGCCGUCGGGGCUUCGGAACCAGGUUGCGCAAGCUCUGAUUCUUCUGAUGAAUCGAAAGAGUCUUGUCAUGGAGGAUUUGCUGGCUCUGUUUCUGGAUAUUCAGACUCUUGGUGAUAAAAACUUGCGGAAGCUUGCUUUCUCUCACAUUGUUCAAACCAUUCGUAAGAUGAGUAUCACUGAUCCAAGGCACAAAUCACUUCAGAAGAUUGUAAUCUCUAUGUUGGAGCAAGAAGAUGAAGCCAAGGCUAAGAGAGCAUUUGUUACCCUUUGUGAACUUCACAAGAGAAAGGUCUGGUUUGGUGAUAAACAUGACAGAGUAGCAAUUGCGAUUUGUGAAGCGUGCUUUCAUACCUCACCUAGGAUCAUGAUAUCUUCCCUUCGGUUUCUUCUUGACUGCGAAAACAAUGACAAUGAGGAUGAUAGUGAUGCUUCAAGCAGCGAUGACGAGGAUUCAAAACAAGCAUCUCAUGUUAUGAUUAACAGAGAGGCUGUGUACAAGGCGACCAACCAAGGUACGUCUUCGAGCAAGAAGAAAAAGCAAGCUAAGCUGCAACGCGCGAUGAGAAGUAUAAAAAAAAAGCAGCGUGCAUCUUCUGAGAACACCACUUCAAAUUAUUCACCUCUUAAUUAUCUAAAUGAUCCACAGAACUUUGCAGAAAGGUUGCUUUCUCGUCUUCAGACUGGUAAGAGCAUUGGGCAAACUAAUGAACGGUUUGAGACCAAGUUGAUGAUGAUGAAAGUUAUUGCACGAACAAUUGGUCUUCACAAGUUGCAUUUAUUAAGCUUUUAUACUUAUCUUCAAAACUAUGCUAAGCAAGGUAGAAAGGACACUACACAAAUACUUGCAGCAGCAGUUCAGGCUUGCCAUGAUGGGGUACCUUCGGAUGCAGUGGAGCCACUGUUCAAGCAAAUAGUUAAUGAGUUUUUACCCAACGGCUCACGUCCUGAGGCUAUUGCUGUCGGACUCAAUGUGGUACGAGAAAUGUGCCUUCGGAUUCACGAUUUGAUGACAGAAGACUUGCUGCAAGAUCUUGCUCGGUAUAAAAAGGACCAUGCCCAUAAUAAAGCCAUCUCAUCAGCAUCUCGUUCCCUCAUAGCGUUGUUCAGAGAGAUCAACCCUUCGCUUCUAGUAAAAAAAGACCGUGGCCGCCCUGGAGGUCCCAUUGCCAGACCUAAACAAUAUGGAGAAGCUACUGUAUUCAGCAAUGUUCCCAAUGUUGAGUUAUUGCAAGAAAGUGAUAAUGAUCAAGACGAUGAUGAAGUGGCCGCGUUGCCUGGCAGUGAUGAUAUCAAACAGGAGCUGACACCUGAUGAAUGUGGAACUGAGGACGAGGCUGAAGAAGAUUCUGAUGAUGGUGAUGAUAUGAGUGACAAAGAAGAUGAUAGUGAUAUUGAUACUUUGGUCAGUGGUGAUGAUGAGGAAAAGGAGAAUGAUAGUGAUGAAGCCGAGACUGAUUCGGAAAAUGAAGAAGAGGAUGGAGAAACUUCUGAUUCUUGUGUGGAGGGUAGUGGAAACAAAGAGAAAGCAAAGGGGAAGAAAAGGAAGAUAGAAGAUUUUGAUGCGAGUCUUCUCGCUGCUGAUACAAGCUUGCGAGCACUAAAGAGAUGCGCAGAAGCAAAGAGCGAACAGCCAUCUUUUGGUGAAAGUGAUGGCAUACUUUCGAAUGAGGACUUCCGAAAAAUCAAAGAACUUCAGGCAAAGAAGGAUGUGAAAAUUGCAUUGGCUCGAAAAGGAUUCAAAGUUCCGGACUGUGAUCAGCUAAGUAAGAAGCUGGUCAAUCCAGCCAAACUUGAAGCUCACAUAAGGCAUAAACUAACAAAAGAAGAAAGGCUAGAGUUAGUCAAAGCAGGUAGGGAGGAGCGAGGGAAAUACAAAUCCAAGACAGCCAUCAAGCAGAAGAAGAGCGGAGGAUCGAGCAAUAGACAGAAGGAGCACAAGAAGAAGAUGCCUCUCGCUGCAGUAAGAAGAAAGGCUGGGAAAUCAAAGUUAGCCAAGAAAAUAAAGAAUAGCCUCAGCGGAAGCCAGUUCAGAGGAAGGAAAGCUUGGAAGUGAAAAUGAGCAAAUUCUCUGCAGCAUUAAAAACUUUUCGGUCUCAUUGAGGGAAUGGUGAAGAUCAUUCUAUACACAUUGAUUUCCUAUAUUGAAAAAAGCAUGUGAUGAUUAUUUUAGAAAAAUGGUCAUGGGUUACAAAAAAUGAAAAAAUGCAUUGAUUUUCA